AUGGGAAAGCAAACCCCGGUCAACAAGGUCAUCAUCGUCGGCGCCGGCCCCUCGGGCUUGCUACUGGGUAUCCUGCUCGCUAAGCAGGGGGUCAAAGUUCAGAUCCUCGAGGCGGCCGGAGAACUGGACAAGAAUCCCAGGGCGGCUCACUAUGCCCCGUCGGCAGUGUACGAACUGCAUCGAGCGGGAGUUCUCGACGACGUCAAGGCUCAAGGCAUCCAUCCCGAUGCGGUGUGCUGGCGCCAUCCUGACGGCACCUUUAUCGCGGGCAUUCGAAGUCGGUUCGACAUAGAAUUCCCCAUGGUUUGCCUGCCUCUGGAUCAGCUCGAUGUCCUCCUCCUGCAACAUUUUCUGGCCCAACCAGAUACCGAAGUUUUGUGGAACCAUAAAGUCGUCUCCAUCGAACAGGACGACAACGAGGCCAGGGUCCACGUCGAAUCUGCGGAGGGGAAGAAGACGUUUGGCGCCGACUAUAUCGUCGGAUGUGAUGGGGCAAACAGCCAGAUCAGGCGCUCGCUUUUCGGUGAUCUGAAUUAUCCCGGGGAGACCCUACAGAAACAGAUCAUUGCCACCAAUGUAUAUUACGACUUCCAUAAAUUCGGGUACUGGGACUCGAAUUUCAUCAUCGACGAAAACGACUGGUACAUGGCGGCCCGAAUCACCCAAGAUGGACUGUGGAGGGUAACGUAUGGCGACGUAUGGGGCCUGUCGAACGAAGAGUACCUUGCAAGACAACCCGAGCGGUACGAGAAAAUCCUGCCUGGACAUCCGAAACCGGGAGAUUAUAAGCUCGUCAGCGCCAGUCCCUACAAGCUACAUCAACGAUGCGCCGAGUCUUUUCGGGUAGGAAGAUUCUUGCUCGCCGCCGACGCUGCUCAUCUAUGCAACCCAUUCGGUGGAUUGGGCCUAACUGGGGGAAUCGCUGACGUAGGGAGCUUGUUCGAUGCUCUCGUGGCGUUGAAGGACGGAAAAGCAGACGAUAGCAUUCUCGACAAGUAUAGUGAAGUCCGGCGCAAGAAAUGGGCCGAGAUCAUCGAUCCCAUGUCACGAGCCAAUUUCCGACGCGUUUGUCUAGACGAGGCCGAGUCGGAGAGACAAGAGUUCUGGGAACUUUGUAAGAAGAUGGAAGAAGAUGAGGAAUUGGCUCGGCAGAUGGCGCAGGGAACGAAUAUACUGCGAGAGGAUUUUCGAGAGUAUUUGACGGCGAGUGCAGCAAUCACGGAACCUCGAUACGAUAUAGCUACGGCCUACAUCGAAGAUGUUCAAAUACAAACCUCCCUCCUUCAAAUAUCACAUACACUUCCGCCUCCAAAUGGCAUUGCACACAAUUUCCCCGUGGUGCUGGAGGGCAUGACACUGGCCGCAUUUGCCGUCCUGCUUGUGGGUGGGAAGCAGAAAAGAGAACAAGGCUGGGGCGUCUUGACAAUAUUGGUGGCAUUGGCAGCGUUUGUCCAGGCCAUUGGAAUGGCGUUGAUGGCAUAUCUGUACGAGAACGACGAGCGAUUUUUUUCCGGCUGGUAUCUCGACAAGAGUUGGACCAUGUGCCCCAUCUUUAAACUGACCACCCUGGGCACUGAAAGAUAUGUCAUCAGCUCGGUCGAACUCCUCAAUGAGGUCUGCGAUGAAAAGCGCUUCUGCAAGGCUGUGUCUGGUGCACUGCAACAAGUACGAAAUGGAGCAGGAAAUGGUCUCUUUACUGCCUACCCUGGUGAACAUGACUGGGAGGUGGCUCACCGAGUUCUCGUGCCUGCAUUCGGUCCGAUCGUGCUGAUGUUUGUAGACGACGAGAUGUACGAUAUUGGCACCCAGUUGAUUGCAAAGUGGGCGCGUGGUGGGCCUGAGCAGAAGAUUGCAGCUACGGAUGACUUUACUCGACUGACCUUGGACUCUAUUGCCCUGUGUGUCAUGGAUAAGCGUUUCAAUUCCUUCUACUCGGAGAAGCUUCACCCUUUCGUGGACGCAAUGGUGGGUUUCUUGCUGGAGUCCGGGCGCCGGACUCAACGCACCAGAAUUGGGUCAUUACUCAACAGAUCAGUCGAACGUCAGUACUAUCAAGAUAUCGACACCAUGAGGACCGUCGCCAAGGAGAUGGUCGAUCACCGCAGAGCAAACCCGGUCGAUAAGAAGGACUUGCUCAAUGCGAUGCUGUUCGGCAAGGACCCAAAAACGGGAGAGAGGAUGACGGAUGAUAGUAUCAUCAACAACAUCAUCACUUUCCUCAUUGCGGGACACGAAACGACCUCGGGGCUUCUUUCAUUUGCCUUCUACCAGCUUUGCAAGAACCCUGAAGCCAUGCGAAAAGCCCAAGAGGAAGUCGAUUCAGUGGUCGGCAAAGGUCCGGUGACGGUCCAGCACCUGACGAAAUUACCUUAUAUCGAGGCCGUCAUGAGAGAAACCCUCCGACUCAACCCUACAGCUCCUGCGUUUGCCCUCAAACCACUGGACACAGUGGCUGGACCCGUGGUGCUUGCUGGGAAAUACACCAUUCCUCCGGGUUCCCCCAUCAUCGCCCUCCUUACAAAAGCCCACCGUGAUCCGGUCGUCUAUGGCGCGGAUGCCGAGGAGUUCAAGCCAGAAAGAAUGUAUGGAGAGAACUUUACAAAGCUGCCACCCAACUCUUGGAAGCCAUUCGGAAACGGCGCUCGUGGGUGCAUUGGGCGCCCUUUUGCAUGGCAAGAAGCCAUCCUGGCUAUCGCUCUUAUUCUCCAAAACUUCAACGUCAGAUUGGAUGAUCCAUCGUAUCAGCUGCAAAUCAAGCAGACGUUGACCGUGAAGCCAGACAACCUGUUCUUACGAGCCACUCUGCGUGAAGGUAUCGAUCCAGUGACAUUGGAGAGAAAACUGUACGCAGGUGUCCAAACCGAAGACGCUCAUCACAAGGAACGCAGUGCGUUGGCCAAGAAAGUGGGUGGCGUGGGCAAGCCAAUGCUCAUACUUUACGGGUCUAACUCGGGCACCUGUGAAGGACUGGCACAGGGUCUUGCCAACAGCGCAGCAAAUCGAGGCUUCAAUGCCUCAGUAAAGCCUCUGGAUGCUGCUGUGGAACAUCUACCAAGCGACCAACCCGUCAUAAUCAUCACCGCGAGCUACGAGGGCAAUCCUCCCGACAAUGCCGCAGGGUUUGUGGAAUGGCUCAAGACGGUGGAUGCUGAAAAGGUCAAGAACGUGCAAUUUGCUGUCUUCGGCUGUGGCCAUCACGACUGGGUCACCACUUUUCAGAAAAUCCCCAAACUAAUUGACUCCGAAUUGACCGCUAAAGGAGCAAAACAAAUCGUGGAGCGUGGACAAUCCGAUGUCGCCGAGGGCAAAGUGUUUGACGACUUUGACGUGUGGCAAGAUGAGAAUCUCUGGCGUGCUUUAUCUGCCGAUGGAGCUUCUGACGAGAUCGCGGAAGCUCUAAACAUGGAGAUCAGCACCAGCGCUCGUGCUUCACAUCUCCGGCAUAAUGUGCAGGAUGCAUUGGUUCUGGAGAAUGAGCUGUUGACCGAUCCCUCCAUUCCAGAGAAGCGACACACCGAGUUCCGGUUACCAACCAACAUGACGUAUGAAGCAGGAGACUAUCUUGCGCUACUGCCAGUCAACAACAUGAAAACAAUCUCAAGGGUGCUCCGCCGGUUCGGGUUGCCGUGGGAUGCCAUCAUGACACUGGCCAAAGGUGCACAUACCACAAUUCCAACAGCAACACCCAUUGCAAUCACGGGGGUGUUGGCUGCAUACGUGGAACUGAGCAAUCCGGCCAGCCGUAAACACAUUGCAACUCUCGGCAAGUACACCAAAGAUGAAUCUGUCCGCAAAGAGGUCCUGGGCAUCACUGAGCCCUUGUCGGUCUUGGAAAUCCUGGAGAAAUACCCGAGCAUCGAGCUCCCCUUUGCUCUCUACCUCGCUAUGCUACCACCUAUGCGCAUUCGACAGUAUUCUAUCUCAUCCUCGCCACUGCAUGACCCGACCAAAGUCAGCAUCACAUACUCCGUGGUCGGUGCUGACACGAACCACAUGGGCGUCGCAACAAACUACCUCAAGCUCCUGCAGCCGGGCACACGAGCGCAGUUGAUGAUCAAGAAAUCACACGCGAGCUUCCAUCUACCGCUAGACCCCAAAACGCCCAUCAUCAUGGUCUGUGCCGGCACGGGUCUGGCGCCCUUCUUGGGGUUUGUCCAGGAACGUGCCGUUCGCAUCGCCGCCGCUGGCGGAAACCGCGAUGCUUUUGGCGAGGCCCUCUUGUUCAUCGGUUGCCGCUACCAUGACAAAGACCGCCUGCAUGCCAAACAGCUGGAUGAAUGGGCCGAUCAGGGCGCCGUCAAGCUGUUCUACGCAUUCAGCCGCGAGCCCGAGCGCUCGGAGGGAUGCAAAUACAUACAAGACCGACUCUGGCGUGAGCGCGAUACGCUGAGCAAACUGUUUGGCGAGGGGGCCAAAGCGUACAUUUGCGGCAAUGCCGCACUGGGCAAGGGCAUUGCAGACGUCGCCGCAAAGAUUGCCGUCGAGGGCGCCAAGAAGGCAGGAAAGGACUUGUCGCACGAAGACGGCCUGAAGUGGUGGAACAAGUUGAGGGGCGAGCGCUAUGCGGUCGAUGUCUUUGAUUGA